AUGUUUUCAUCAAGUUUAGUUUCUUUAAGAAAAUGGACACCAGGUGCCAUCAGAAAUAUUAGAAAACUUAGAGAACAACAAAAGCAAGCUGAAAUUAGAAAAAAAGAGAAUAAAAAAUCUGGUCCAGUUUCAAUUUAUCUUCCAGAAAUUAUUCAAGUGUAA